GCAGUGUGCAAAACCAAAAUCUCCCCGCUUAGCAGCAGGAAUGAUGUGCUAGUAUUUCGGUGCAGAGAUGUUCAGGAUUGAGUCGAGGUAGAAAGGAGCCCAGCUGGUGGGGAUCCCUGCCAUUUUCCGACAUCCUGGGAUCCUGAUCCUGAGCAAUAUGCUCCCAUAAUUGUCAAAACGUUUGAAAGAACCAGACUGAAGACCAAGCUUCCCCGACAACUGGGUUUUCUUGAACAGAACUCCACUUUUUGAGACUUUUUUCCCUCUUUUUGACUCCUUGAAAAUUGCACUGGGUGCAGUUAAUGCACAAAUGUUAAUUGGGCCUGUGUCUGAAGGAAUUGACUCCGAGAAUGGAACAGAGCUGGGGAAGAAGGAAACCAGAGACCUAAACAAGGUUAAUAUUCGAGCCAAAGUGGAUUUGCCGAGCGAAGUUGGCCUUCCCCUCGCCGUCUCUGGGAGUGGCUCAGACGGUGGUGGGGUUGGCGAUGGUGAAGAUGAUGGCUCGGCUCCGAGUCCACAGAGUGAAGCGGUCACCAAUGAAUUGCAGGAGCUCACGCUGCAGUCCAACAAUGGCGCUUCUCCAUUGAACAGGAGGAAAAAUGAGCACUUGUCUCCACCUGGCGCUCCCGAGAUGGGAGGGCAGGCGAGCGAGGUGCGGACUUCUCCACGGCUUCGACGCCAGUGCCACUCCACGUUCAGCCAACAGGAGGAGCGCUUGCUACAGGUACUGCAGCUGAAGCUUCAGCAGCGGCGGACACGGGAGGAGCUGGCCAGCCAGGGAAUCAUGCCACCUCUGAAGAGUCCUGCUGCAUUUCACGAACAGAGGAGAAGCUUAGAGAGGGCACGGACCGAGGACUAUUUAAAAAGGAAAAUCCGAUCACGUCCGGAGAGAGCAGAGUUGGUCAGGAUGCACAUACUUGAAGAGACUUCAGCAGAGCCCUCCCUGCAAGCCACACAGAUGAAACUGAAGCGAGCACGGUUAGCUGACGAUCUGAAUGAGAAGAUUGCGCAGCGCCCUGGUCCCAUGGAGCUGGUGGAGAAAAACAUCCUUCCCGUGGAUUCCAGUGUCAAAGAGGCCAUCAUAGAUGAAGAGAGGUGUAGUUGUGGUUGUGUAGAUGAGCAUGACCAUACUCCCCAGCAGUGCAAUGAUAAUCAUGUGCCGUACUCUGCAUUGGCAGACAAUUCAUCGUUCGACGAAGAUAGCAGUGACGCCCUUUCACCAGAGCAGCCAGGAAGCCACGAGUCACUGGGGUCAUUGCCAUCCCCCACAGAAGCAAGAUCUGCUGAUCCACAACAUCCCCUUCUCACUUCUUCAACCCAGUAUCUUGUAUCGUUGCCAACUGGGACAGAAUUGAGCAAGUUAAAGCCAGCGCCUGACCAACAGAUGGCAAAAUUGGCAAAUGGUGUGUCAUCUCCAGCUGCCAAACCCACGCCAACACUUAUUAAACAAAGCCAGCCCAAGACAGCACGUGACAAGAACCAGCGGAGCAAGAAACUGAAGGAGCCAAAAUCCCGAGUGAAGAAGCUGAAAUACCACCAGUACGUCCCACCAGACCAGAAACUCGACAAGGCCACACUGCCCCUGGACACGGCCUAUUCCAAACUACUCCAGCAGCAGCAGCUCUUCCUUCAGCUCCAGAUACUGUGCCAGCAACAGCAGCACUACAACUAUCAGACCAUCCUCCCUGCACCUCCAAAACCCAAUUGUGACCAACAAACAAAGAGCAGUACUGCCUCAGUAAGGACACUGACUAACAGCAUGCCAUCAUCGGGCUCUGGUGGACUCACCCGGCAGAACAGCUGCACGUCCACCAUCAAACCACUGACAUCACUGCCCUUCAACCUCGAUGAUCUGAAGGUGGCUGAACUGAAGCAGGAGCUGAAGCUACGAGCCUUGCCUGUAUCUGGAACUAAAACUGAUCUCAUUGAACGGCUGAAGAACUAUCAGGAGCAGAACAAAGGUGGUGGGACUCCGUCAACCACAGCACCUGCUGUGAGCAAGACAGGCACAGCCACUUCGAAACCCGCUGAAGUGAUGGUCGCCUUCCCGUCUGCCCGCCUGAGCAACACUACAGCCGUCGUCACCAGCGUCACUCCUGGGGACGUAGCGGUCACUACGGUGACCGGAGGAUCCACAGUGAAGUUGAGCAGUAUCAGUUCCACCCCUCCAGUGUCACCCGCCCCCUCUGAUCGCUCGGUGCACAGCAUGGAAGAGAGCGCAACACCAGAGGCGGUCACUGAGUCCCUCCAGUCUUCGCCCAUGCGCGUCAUUGGCAAAGAUGAGCCUGCCUGUAUUAAUGGGAUGAUGGGCGUUGCCACGCUGGUGCCCAGUGGCAUUCGAAGCAAUAACCAAGAGUCGCACAGGGACACUCAAGCUGCAACCAAGGAUCUGAUGUUGCAGGAAAAGGACAAGCAAAUCGAGGAGCUGACCAGGAUGCUGAGACAGAAGCAGCAGCUGGUUGAAGCCCUCCGGCUGCAAUUGGAUCAGGAAAAGAGAACCCAACUCCAGCAGCCAGCCGUGAGCGUGCCCUUGACCAUACAGAGCGGCCAGAAAAUCAUUCCCGUCACCAUCAAGCAGGAGAGCCCGCCUUCCAGCUGCCCAUUUUCUGUGUUGUCCACACCCUCGGCUCCCAAUAAAUCCAUCCCACUCCUCAACCACGCCAAGCCCCCGAGGAGAAGCCCAAACCCUGCCGAUGCCCCCGGGACAAACUUGGUGCCGAUGAAGACCUUGAUGGUGAAGCAGGAGACCAGCGCAGGCACCUGUGAACAGCCCACACCAACAUCAACCGUCCUGCUGAGCCCAGCGCAGUCGAAUCGGGUGACCAUAGGGGCACCGAGGACAAUCACACCGAACCAAGCUCCCAGCCUGCUGGCUAACGGAGUGGGAACACACAUCCUCCUCACAGUGACUCCACAGAGCAAUGAGGUGCACCGUGUCCCCCCCACUGUGACCACUGCUAAGAUUCAAUCACCAAUACAGGCAUCACCGUCCCCUCCCUCCCCGGAACAGGCACAGCAGCCAACGGCGAACACCCAGUCAAAGCAGCAGCCGCAGGCAGGUGGAGGGAUGAACCAGGCACUGAAAAAGGAUCAGAAGCUGGGUCUGCAGCUAAUCACUGGGACAUCUGGUGCCAUGCUCUCGUACUCCUUUACACCCCAAAGUUUGGAGCCCUGCUUCACAAACAACGUAACUGAGAGCUCACUAAAAGCCAGGGCGAAUACUGUGAAUAACGGGCCCAGCUCCCCACACAAGGAAAACUCCAGAAGCCAACAGAUGGACGAUUUGUUUGAUAUCCUCAUUGAAAGUGGAGAAAUUUCACUCAAUGCCAAGGAAGUUUCCACAUCUUUAAACACACCGUCUCCACGGAACGUUUCACCCACGCUCGCCGUGUCUCCGCCGGCAGUUGUCAAAGCGCCACUCCCAUCCCCACAAUUGUUGCUGGAGCCUAUCAGCGACAGUCAGUCCAGCAACCAAGAGAGCCGACUGGAGGACUUCCUCGUGAGCACCACUGGCGUCCCACUAUUAUCGGUGGAUAAUGACGGGACAGAACCCCUCUCCCUCAUCGAUGACCUACACAACCAAAUGCUGAGCAGCUCCAGUAUUCUGGAACACCCGCACUCACCCAUGGACACUUCUGACAUGCACUUCACUGCAGACAGCACCAGCCUGACUCUGGACCUUGCUGACACUAACUUGGACAACAUGGAGUGGCUGGACCUCACUAUGGGCAGCUCUUCUGUGGGUCUUGCUCCUUUGAGCUCUGUAACUCCCAGUGUCUUCUCUACUGACUUUCUAGACAGUCACGACCUACAGUUACAGUGGGAUUAACGUUACAGCUAAAACAUUGAGGGCAAUCCUUCGCAAAGCCUCCUGGUCGAUGUGGACCUUUAAUGCGCUGAGCCUGAAUUAAGUCAGGGUCCUUCAGCGUGUAAUCUUCGCUGUCACUUUACUUGACCAGGAACUACACACACGCUGGGGAUGCAGGUCCCUUUGCGAAGCAUCAGAGGAUCUUCUCUGUUUCAAAGUCACAGGCAAGAAUGGGCUGGAGCUAAUGGCUCAAAUCUGAGCCCGACCACCAUUGUUGGGGGGGAUCUACAACUGGAUUAGAUUCCCAACUAGAAGAUGGAUCGUCUCAAAGAUUGACCUGGGCAGCAAGGGCUUCUGUGACCUUUAGCUCUUCACGAGGCUUCUGAGCCUGAUACUAGGGAGCAGGAUUACACUCUUAGCGCCUAUCCAUCAUUUGGUUUCUACGUUGCCAAGGUUGUGUUUUUGCACUGAUUGGGGGAAGUAAACAAAAAAAAAAAUGUUUUAAAACAAAAAACCCAAAGGUACACUAACUGAGCAGGGAUCAAGAGUAACUGCCCCCUCCAGCCACCACCCUGUUCAGGACAAGUCCGAAUGUGGCCUGCACCUGGGACAGAUACCUUGGUCCUGCAUGAUUUCUCUUUAAGAUUGUGAAACAAGACCUGUGUUUGUGUGGCUCGGAUUGUAACUGCAGCGUUUUGGCUUAUCGUGAAGUUGUUCCUUUCGUGCGCAAGAGAGAGCCUGGUAUUGUUUGUUUAGCCUGAGGAGAGAAUUUAGCCCUGGGGGCAGCCCCCACUGCAUCUUUAUGUGCCAUUCAUUCUCGACUUUGAGUUUUGAGCUGUGUUAUUGGAUUAGGCGAGUGUAUUCUCGUGCACACCCCAAGGACAGCUGCAACUUUCCCCAAGUGAUUUUUAAUUUGCUGAGUCCAAAAUGCGCACAACUUGGGGCUGCAUAAAAAUCAAAAUUCCGUUCUGUUCUUGGAGGUGGAAGCAUUAUCCUACCGAGGGCUGAUUCCAACAAGUCCCAGAGUUAUGCGAGGAAAGUAGAAGAGCUGUUAUGCUGCUGGUUUUUACAGUGUUGAUACCAGAUUGAAGCUCCAGGGUGGGGUGACAUUUGAGUGUGCCAAUCAGUGCAGACCCAUGCAUGACAGAUAAAUAGCUUUCGACUGCCAACUGGGAUCUCAGUGAGCCAGAUGCAUGUUCUCUAGGCCCUUUGGGUUUGGGGUGCAUGGGGGGGGUGGUGGGCAUACGCCCAGAUUUCAUUCCCUCGUUGACCCAAGAAGCGUUGCCUGUGCGGGAAACUCCUUUACCUCCUGCACACCUUGCCCUUCAAAGUGGAAGGGAGCUUGACCAGUCGAGGGUUAUGUUUUGGACAGGGCAAACAAUUGCUGUAGUAUUUCUCGCAAGUGAAAUAGAAAGGCAUUUUAAAUUCUACUGCAGGAGAAGUUUCUUGAAUCUUUCUUGCUAGCUAAUACAAGGAUUUCUUUUAAAACUGUUAAGUUGCAAUCUAGAAUUUAAAACAAUUGCAUACUGUAAAAUGUGCCGUUUAAUCAUAUCUGUGUAUAGGCCACAUAGCUGACUUCCAGCUGUGUUAAAUUAAUUUCACUGAUAAAGUAACACUGGUGUACAGGGCCCACUUUUAACUUAAAGCCUUGAAAUGGGCAUCAAACGACAACUUGUCCAGCCUAGUAGAAUAGCAGUUAAAGACGUUUGCUUCACUAUUUCUGCUCCCAGAGCUUAUAAUGACUCUCCUGCUUGUCAGCCAGAUGUGAAGAGUUUGAGCAUUUGCUUACUGCCUGUGACCAAGCUAAUGCAUUUCAUCUUGGUCCAUUUAUUCUUCCUGGCUGAGAAUGGAAUAACAUUAGCUUUGGAUCUAGAGAAGAGCGUGUGUAUGACUUCUAGACAUGGACUGGACAUUAAGCUGAAGGAGACUCGAGGGACAAGAGCCUUUGGAGAAUUGUAGAUGGUGAUAGAAGGGUGAAAAUAGGUUGCAUAGAAUGGCAAUUGCCUUGAAUUCUUGGUUUUUAAGUUUAGUUAGAAUGAUUGGGGAUAACUAUAGCCUUGAGGCCUAGGCAAUACUAUGAUUUUUAUAAUUGAAACUCUCACCUAAAGUCACAUUCACACACUGCAGGCCUUAUGGUCGUAAUCACUAUUGCAAACUUUUGGCCAAGAUGACCUUUGUAGUAGCCAAAGUUGAAGUUACUGUGGCCAUUAUAUAGCCCAAAAAAGAGAUUGGGUGUAGCUGCUUUGGUCAUCAGUGCUUUCUUUUGCUCACCAGUUCCCUUGACCCACCGGUUGCUUAUUGACGUGGGGAAGCCCAACUCCACGAGUUGAUUCUUUGGUUUCCAUGAUUUUUUACUUUGUCGUAAAGUUUGAGAGAAAGGACAUUUGUACCAUCAGGUAUCCAAGUGCUUUGCUGAAUCAAGUGGAAUUCUACCCAAAGUGGGACAUGUGGCAGGAGAACUUCAGGAGAAACUAAUUUUAAAUGUUGUGUGGAGACAAUUCAAGUUAUUAAUCCAUGUGAGAUGCUGAAGACCUUCUUAUUCCCAAUAUUGUCAAUGUGGCUAUUGAAGCAGAAGGAAGAUAGUUAUUGUUCGUUCCUAAUUCCAGCUGUACCUAAUAACUUUGUGUUGGGUAUGGUUCUUGCACUGGAAGGUGUAUUUAGUGUGUUAAGCAGUGGAUUUCUCAACAAAGGCUCUGAGUUUAUUUUUAGUACAUUGCAUAUAUUUUCUUCACCAAAUCCCUGUGUGCACUGUAAGAAUGAAUUUGGUGCUGCUAAGGUGUCUAGCCUCCUCAAAUUUACUAGGGAGUUUCAAUCCCUUUGCCUGAGGGACCUUGUUCCUAGUUGAUCAGUGCAAAGCAAAUGAUAUUUUUAAUAUCUGGAUAUUUUGAGUCAUUUUCACUGCAAUACUUUCUCCUCUACUUCUCAGCAAUCAAUGUAAAUAAUCUUCACAGAAAUGACUACCCUUCUGGGAGUUGAUCUGUGGCAUUAGGACCUCUGAAUGCAGCGUUCUAAACAAUUCGAAAGAAACUGAGGAUGGUGGAUUUUGAUCCACCUUGCUGCUAACUGACUCCCCCUCCCCCCUAGAUAAGUUCUCCAAUGGAAAAAAGGAUUUCCACCCAAUACCGAGCCAUGUAAAGCUCAUGACAGUAGAAGCCUGGUGAACAUCCAUUGAAUUUUUCUGCCUGAACUAAAUUAAUAGUUGCAGCGGUCCUGCAGGUUGUUUUGUAAGCAUUGUGUGCUCUAGACUAUUAUGGCUCAGUAAUUUUCAGUGUAACAUUCUAUCAAUCCAAUUAAUCAGCCAGACACCCAGCAAGUUGUAUUACAGAAUUGUUACAGUACAGAAGGAGGCCAUUUGGCCCUUUGUGUUGGCUCAGUUAUCCAAUCAUAACCAGCAACCUUUAGUGGCACCAACUAAUACUAUGGCAACUCCUGUACCAGGGCUGAUUGUUCUCAAUGUUUUGAAUGUUUGGGGCUCAUAGAUGCAGAAAAAUGUGCAAUAUUUGGUGGUUGCUCUGACAUGAUCUACAGCCAUAAAUCUGAUGUGGGUUUUGUAAGUAGGGGCUUGUUAUCAUCACUGGGUUUUAGCUGCAAUCUGAGACAAUCCAAGCCCAGUCGUCUUAACCUGGUAACGAAGCUCUCCCUGAUAUUUUAGUCAUGGGCCCUUGAUUCAUGGGGUCCAGGAUUUAAACGAAACACGAACAGGAGUGAAACUGUGUCCUAAUGAGUGUGGUUACUUCUGUAAAUCAGUUGUGGCCUGAAGGCCUUUGCAAGAAUAAGCCCUGGUCAGUUGGUAUUGGUUCUGAAUGUACAGCAGAAGGCAGUUUGUUUCCCAAGGGGCAUAUCAUAAAACCAUAAGACAUAGGAGCAGAAAUUAGGCCAUUCAGCUCAUCGAGUCUGCUCUGCCAUUCAAUCAUGGGUUCAUCGGUUCCUCCCUCUUUAACGCCCUGCCUAAGAGCUUAACGAAGACACUAUGUGCAGAAUGAAAGACUGGGGUACGCUACUUUGGACACAGUCUACUCUUUCUCCCUCUGUAUGUCUUCUCUCCAACUUACUACUUCCCUACCACCCGCUUGUCAGAUUUGCAUCCCCAAACUCCUAUAUGAAACUUGCUGCGUACACCCUAGUGAUUAUGAAUGAAAAAUGCAGUUGAGUGCUGCAAUGGGAGAGUUAGUACGCCAGAGUACACUCUCUUGUGCAUCCCGAUUUUCUUCACUAUGCCAUUGCGGCCGGGUCUUCAGCUGCCUAGGCAUGAGGUCCUGAAAUUCCCUUCCUAAACCCUUCUGCCCCCCCUCUCCUCCUUUAAGACACUCUUUCAGAUCUACCUCUUUGGCCUAACUUGAAUCUCUUUGUGUUGCUCAGUGUCUAGUCUUUGUUUGAUCAUUGUUCCUAUGACAUACCUUGGGAUGUUUUACUAUUUUAAUAUUGUAGACAGUAAGGUUUUGUGGACCUUACCCAGACUCGACCUGACGUUUUACUAUUUUAACUGCUGUUGCUCUGCACUCAAGUUCAGAAAAGUUUGUCGAUAAGUUUCACUGCAGUUAUCCCUCUUUCUUCCUCUGUUUUCAUCCCACACCUUGGGCUCAGAGUGAUGGUUUCACAGCUCUCAUCUGUCCAUUCAGGUGGCCUUCCUUCUGUACAUGAGCUUGCACUAUCGGUGUCAGUGGGCAAGUUACCAGAUGACCCUGAUCCUGUUCGUUCUUAUGCACUUUCAAGCAGUGAUCACUGGAUAGCAGUGAGGCAGGAGGCCUGCAAACAAGCUGCUCCUCCUCCUCCACCUCACUUCCUCCCCCACUGCGCCCCAAACCCUUUGUUGGCUGAGAAUGGUAAAGUUAGCACAGAUGUGGGGUUUGGACCUGACGCUUUAGACUUCUCGGGAGGUGAGUGGCAUUGGCAAGGCUACGUUUAUUGUCGGUGCGUUAUGGGGGCGAGAGGUUAGAGUUUCUACUGCAUACACGUUAUAAACGAAUGUACAGCACAAACAGCACACUUGGUCCAACUGUCCCCCGUUUAUGCUCCACACCAUCCUACCAGUUCAUCUCUAACGACGAUCCUAUCAACGAAUCCGUCUAGCCCUUUCUCCCUUGUGUUGCACUGGAGUUACAACAUAAAAAUUGACAAUCCAUCCCAAUCCCUAAAUCAAACAAAUCAAUCUGAUCGGAUUUACCAUCCACCUCCUCUUCCCUUCAACUUACCUGUUACAAACAAGUGGCUUGCUUAGGUCACUUCAGAAGGUAUUAGAUUCAACCACUUACCACCGGAGCAACCCAAGGCACUUUAGAUGUCAUCAUCUAUUCCCAAAUUGGAGCAAUCAGUGCCAAUUUGAAGCCUUGAAUUAAGCGUGCUGUUCGGUUUUAACAAUCUCUGCUUAUUCUUCACCAAGCCAUGGCAAAUGAUUGGCUGAUUUUCUUUUCUCCCUACCAUGGUUCAAUGGUGGGUUGUAUUCUGGGUCUAUUGCACUUUUUAUUGAAAAUGUAAUGCAAUCAGUUAGUGCAUUGUAGCCCAACUGGCGGCUUAAUCAGGAAAUGGCAGAGGAAGGUUGCUGAGAAUUGGAAGAUCCCUUAAGUGAUGUGGAUCCACAGAUCAAAGACCAUGGAUUAUGUAUUAAUCAUGUGCUCUUUAAGGAGGGUUAGGGUAAAUGCUUUGGUGCAGCUGCUCAAUUCCUGUCACCUAUGUUUUAAAUCUCUACCUUUGCCCCUGUGUAACCUGGUUUGUGGCCUGAUUAAACCUGAAGUGGUGGUGGUAGCUGAUUCUUGUAAAUAACUUUAAAGGGGAGUUAGACAGGUACUUGAGGUAUAUGCAGGGUUAUGGACAAAAAAACAGGGACCUGGGACAAAACACAACAACUCUUUCAAAGAGCCAGCACAGCCACAGUGGGCUGAAUGGCCUCUCCCUGCACUGUGUGCUUCUAUGGAAAAAUCCCAGAGGCAGUACAGUUGACCAUUUCUAAGUGGUGACUCUUUGUAGGGUGGAUGCUGAUCCAGUUGAAAGCUUCACUUUUGCCCUUUCACACAGGGCUGGGGAGGGGCACAUUCACCAACUACAGAGUUGUUGCACAUGCCUUGACUAUAUGAGAACCUUAAUCCUGGGGGGCAGGGUGCUGAGGGGGAGGUCGGUGACCUGACUCCUGAAAGAUGUGAAGCCACUCCAGUCAGUUUGGUGCAAUGUGCAGUCCAACUCCAGCUCAAUCCAAAGCAGCAAGUCCAAAAGGCGCCAAUGCACCUUUGGACUAUUUGAUAUGAACAAUAUUUUCCACUAUUAAUGUUGGGAGAAAGUGGAUUCUGCCAGUGCACUUGUAUCAUUAAAUUGCCUGCUUAUUUGUUACCAAGCACAGUGUAAGCUUCAGUUGGCAGUAUAACUACAGGUCUACCUAGUGGACAUCACAGGCUGUAGAUCCUAGCCCUCAACUGUAGCCCAAGAGAUGGCUAUUCAGUGAAGAGGAGGCAAAGGCAGAGAAGAUAAUUGUAUCUCCAUUGAACCCGGUCCUCUCAAAUCUGUAAUAGAAAUGGAAUAUAAAACCAGGCAGGAGAAUUGAAACCCAUUCUAAAGCUUCAGAUGCAAGCUUAUCUCCAAACCCUUUAAAAUAAGUUUGGUACGUUAUGCAUUUGCUAAAGGUCAACUUUAAUUAUCGUAGCUCCUAUGAAUUGGGGCAUAGAUUGGAUUUUUUAAAAAAUUAUGGUGGAGAUGGGCACUUUUUAAUUAUGCACUGUAUAACUUUUUUUUUUUACUGGGUUCCUGCUCAGAGAUUGUUUUGUGGUAAGGUAUUUGAUCAGUGAAGUAUUUUGAACCAGUAAACUGGAUUUACUCUACACUGCUUUGACCUGCUUUAGUGCAGGCAGCAUCUGGAGGAGCUAGUUUCUCGAUACUUUCAUGUGCUCUCUGUGGGUUGCUGUCGCAUUCUGUGCAUUGUUGCUGCACUGUCCUCCUUUCCUCAAAGCAGGCAAAGCGAAAGACAAAGAGGUCCAAUCACUGCAGGUUUUGCGGGUGGGUUGCGCUGUCUCAAGGUCUCAAACUAUCGUUCAAUAAUUAAUCUGCCCAACCACAGACUGAGUGCAGAUUGGUUCUACUUGAUCGAUAGGCUCUGACCCCCCCCAGGGCUCUUGUGGGUAGAUGCGCCUGAGCUAAUCCAGACCAGGAAAGUGUCAGGUUCAGUCCCCGGGCUGCUGAGUCUAUAGUUGAUGCUACAAUUGGCCUUUGCAUGGGGUGGGGGUUGGAUGGGGUGGGACGGGAUGGAAAAAUCCACAGCAGCCCCCUUGCUGAAUUUCAAGUGCAUGCACAUUAUCGGAAGGGAACAGGAUGAGCUUUGGCAUCAAAAUACAAGAGUUACUGCCAACUGUAAGAGAGAGGCAUGAAACAUUACAAUCCUGCAUACAAUGAUGUGUGCGCCUGAUCAGUAUUCUGUGUUAAAUGAGCCCUUGGAAUUGGGGUUGGGACUUGGUGUCACUUGGGUGGAGUUUUCCUUCACUGCUCAGGGACAGAACAAUGUUAAACCACUCAGGAGGAGAGAUUAAAACUUGAAUUCCCCAUGAGAUUUGUGUCAAUCAGUGUCGGUGCGGCUUGCAACACAUCUCCAGUCAUAUCAAGCUUUAAAAUUCAUGGUGGCCUCCUGGUUGAGUUCUCCACAUGAGUCUGUGCUGAGGUGGCUGAAUGUUGAUGUUUGGACAUAGCACCAUUUUUAAAAAAAAAGAUUCAGAAUGCAAUUUUUUGGGUAGCUUUUCAAGCAGGGGGUGAUAUUCAUAACAGUUGAUCCCCUCAGAUUACAGGUAAGUCCCAAACUGGACAUAUUGAUAAACCGGGUGGCGAUAUGCUGGUGUGUAGUGCUCAUAGGAAACCAAACUUGCCUUUUACUACCCAUUACCACAAUUCCACAUAGAAAUUCCCAGAAAAUGCUGGUUUCAAAGUGCUAAACUGGGAGUACAGAAAAUGGAUAAAAUGCAUGUCUGAUCUCACAUAGGGGCUGUCAAGCAGCCUUUUUAUAGAAUGGGAUUGAAUUGAUGUUAUCCAGGCUGGUUACAUGGUACUUGUAAUGUCCACUGACUUAGGGUAAACUUAGCUAAUCUUGAUUCUUGAUGACAUUGAAAAUUGGCAGCAGUAUGCUCAGUACUGUAAGAUUCAGGAAAUGUGGUGUGUCCAGCCCUUGUGCCCUCCUACAUUGUGGGACCCCAUUCUGGUUGUUCAACUAUUCACUAACGCCCCUGCUGCAUAUGCAAUGUUAGUUUGCAUUUUUAGACAAGUACUGUACGCUAUUGGUGGAACAGAUGUCCUGUCAGGGUGUAUGACAAGUAUAACCUUGUCUGGCUCUAAGCAUUGAAAUAUGAUGUUGCCGGCAGUGCUGGGAAAUGAAAAAUCAAGGAGGUAAAACAUAUUCAAAGUCCUAAUAGCAGAAAAAUCAUUGACUAGCAGGAGAGAGGCUGCAACUUCGUGUGAUUAGGUGGCAGAUGAGGUGGUGAUGGGGUUGGGAAGAGCUUGGAGUGCCACUGACCUGUAAAGAAAUCAUAGUCUAGGAAUCAGGUGAUCAAAUCAAAGUUGUGAAAAGUGUUAUUUUUUUGCAUAUUCAUUCAUUUCCCACUCCAAACAUCAAACUACCUGAAUUUCCAGUUCCUGUGCUAUAAGUUUGGGGGUUGGGUGUGUGUGUGUGGUGGGGGGGGAGGACAUGUCGAGGAUAUCUGCCUGGAUGAUGAGCAACCAGGUCUACCUUUCUCAAAGCACUGCCCAAGCACAGACAAACUCUUCCCAUCAUACAGGAUCGCACUCGAGCCCUGGCAUUGGAGAGCUGCUGUAAGCUGCGCGGCCAGAGACUUGCUCCCAGAGCUCCCUUCCCAGUGCGCCAUCCAGAUCGAGGAAGUCUGCGGUUUGAUCCCUGCUGCAAAGCAGGGCUGACUGUAAUUGGUCUCAGUGCUGUGGGUUAUGGAAAC